AUAAACUGAGUCUCGAACGUUCGUUCGAUUUCGUGACGCAGGCCCACGAGUAUAAAUACGAUCCCGACUGCUGCUCCGCUCAGAAUAAUUCGAAAAAGCAAACGAGAAAGCUAAUAAGCGAACGAUACGAUAAGCGAAUUUUUACACGAGUGAUAAAGUGAUUAUUGAGAGUGAUUUUUCAAGUGAAAUUCGAUCAAGUGACAGCAAAAUGGUGAAAGCUCCCGCAAUUGGUAUCGACUUGGGCACUACAUACUCCUGUGUGGGUGUCUGGCAGCAUGGAAAAGUGGAAAUUAUCGCCAACGACCAGGGCAACCGCACAACACCCAGUUAUGUUGCCUUCACCGAUACAGAGCGUUUAAUUGGAGAUGCCGCGAAGAACCAAGUGGCUAUGAACCCUGCGAACACCGUCUUCGAUGCCAAAAGGUUGAUCGGACGCAAAUUUGACGACCCAAAAAUCCAGCAAGACAUGAAACAUUGGCCCUUCAAAGUUGUGAGUGAUAAUGGCAAGCCGAAGAUCGAAGUGGAGUAUAAAGGCGAAAAGAAGAGAUUCGCUCCCGAAGAAAUUAGUUCCAUGGUUCUCAUCAAGAUGAAAGAAAUCGCCGAAGCAUAUUUAGGCCAAACCGUUAAAGAUGCCGUUAUCACUGUGCCAGCAUACUUUAACGACUCUCAAAGACAAGCCACCAAAGAUGCCGGUGUCAUUGCUGGUUUGAACGUCAUGAGGAUUAUCAACGAACCGACUGCAGCCGCCUUAGCAUAUGGUUUGGACAAGAAUCUCAAGGGCGAGAAAAAUGUUCUUAUAUUUGAUUUAGGCGGUGGUACCUUUGAUGUCUCCAUCUUAACCAUCGACGAAGGUUCAUUGUUUGAAGUAAGAGCAACAGCCGGUGACACACAUCUUGGAGGUGAAGAUUUUGACAACAGGCUUGUUAAUCACCUGGCUGAUGAGUUCAAAAGGAAAUUUAGAAAGGACCUUAAAACUAACCCAAGAGCUCUUCGAAGACUGAGAACAGCAGCUGAACGUGCCAAGAGAACAUUGUCAUCAAGUACAGAAGCAACUAUUGAAAUUGAUGCACUUUUUGAGGGCAUCGAUUUCUAUACAAAAGUUACUAGAGCCAGGUUUGAAGAGUUAAAUGCAGAUCUCUUUAGAGGCACAUUACAGCCAGUUGAAAAGGCCCUUAAAGAUGCUAAGAUGGAUAAGUCUUCAAUCCACGACAUCGUUUUGGUUGGAGGUUCAACUAGAAUUCCGAAAAUCCAGCAACUCCUACAGAACUUCUUUAAUGGCAAACAACUGAACCUAAGCAUCAACCCAGAUGAAGCUGUAGCAUAUGGUGCCGCAGUCCAAGGAGCAGUACUUAGCGGUGAAACUGACAGCAAGAUCCAAGAUGUGCUUCUUGUAGAUGUAGCCCCAUUGUCCCUUGGUAUUGAAACAGCUGGAGGAGUAAUGACGAAAAUUAUUGAAAGAAAUUCCCGAAUCCCAUGCAAACAAAGUCAGACAUUUACCACCUAUUCUGACAAUCAACCAGCUGUAACUAUUCAAGUAUUUGAAGGAGAAAGAGCUAUGACCAAGGAUAAUAACCUCUUGGGAACCUUUGACCUAACAGGCAUUCCACCAGCUCCUCGAGGAGUUCCAAAGAUAGAUGUCACCUUUGACAUGGACGCCAAUGGUAUUCUCAAUGUUUCUGCCAAAGACACCAGCUCAGGCAAGGAAAGAAACAUCACUAUAAAGAACGACAAGGGCAGAUUGUCACAAGCUGACAUUGACAGAAUGCUUUCAGAGGCAGAGAGGUACAAGGAUGAAGAUGAAAAGCAAAGACAAAAAGUGGCGUCCAGAAACCAACUAGAGGCCUACAUCUUCCAAGUUAAACAAGCUGUAGAAGAAGCUGGGGACAAACUAAGCUCAGAUGACAAAGCUACAGUACAAAGAGAAUGUGAAGACGCACUAAAGUGGCUGGACACCAACGGCCUUGCUGACAAAGAAGAGUUUGAGGACAAACAGAAACAACUCCAAAGGAUAUGCAGUCCGAUCAUGGCAAAAUUGUAUGGAGGCGGCGCUCAAAGUCAACCUGACGCAGGGGGUAUGCCCGGAAGCUGUGGACAACAAGCAGGAGGAUUUGGUGGUUCCAGAUCGGGGCCAACCAUUGAAGAAGUUGACUAAAUUAAUCAUUUCCAUUUUAUUUAUUUGUAUAAUUUGUAAAUAACUAAUGUGCAAAUUGUACAUAAUUACCAAUUUUUGUCUGGUAGAAAGUCAUUAAGCUUUAAGUUCCUUAACUACGUUUUAUUAAAUUAGUCCUGGUAAUACAACUGUAUUUUGUAAGACUGUAUAUUUGUGAUAUAGACUGAGUUUAGUUUAAUAAAUUUGAACACUCGAACAUU